GGGGGAGCUCGCGGAAAAAAGGGGAAGCUGUCAUGCGUCUGUAGCGCGCGCGCCUGUUUCAUUCGACGCCGGAAAGUGAAUCGCAAGUGUAUAUCCGAGCGCGCGCGCACACACACACACACACACAUAUACAUACACACACACGCGCACAUAUAUAAAUAUAUAUAUAAAUAUAGACACACAUAUACUGUACGCGCACGGGCACGCACGCGCCGCGGUGUCGGAUGCAAAAAACAAGAAGAAGAAGAGGAAGAAGAAGCCUCCGGUUUUGUCCGCUUCGCCGCUUUUCCAGCCGGACCGGGGAGAGAGAGAGGGAGAGGAGAGAGGAUAGGAAGAGGGGAGAGGAGGAGAGGCGAAGCGCCGCCCGCUGUUCCGCGUCGUCUCUCCCGGUUUACGAGGCUGUCUGCGGCUCCGUGACGCGCCAUGCCCUCCGCGUGCACUCCGAUUCCGAAUUCGUUCACCCGGGCGCCGCGCUCGCGCUCUCCGUCGCUUGGUGGUAGCGAGCAGCUCGAGCAGCACCGGCACGCGCAGCCCGUAAAACUCGCCUGAACUCGGGGGGCAGAGCACACAAAGCUCGCGCCGCUCUCCCUCUUUCUCUUUCUAUUUCUCUUUCUUUCCAUCUUUCUCUCUCCUCCACACCAUUCGUAUUCCAGCACUUUAACUUCUUCUUCAACCUCUUCUUCGUGUCUGUUUUUUUUUAUUAUCCUUUUUUGUUUUUGUUGUUUUUAUUUAUUUUCCUCUUCAACACAAUGUCAGUGUUGACGCGCUCGUGCGAAGCGGAUUGAUUAUUAAUUCUCGUAGAAAGAAAGGAAGAGGAGAGAGAGAGAGAGCAAAGUUUUCCUUUGGACUCACCAAACUCCUGUCCCUUUAUGAGCUUUGCAGGUUGGACGUGGUGACUCGCAGGUGACUGUGAGCAGUGGGGCUGAGUCAUGAUGGACCAUCUCAGCGAGGCGUGCCUGGGGAAGGAGAACUGCGAGCUGGUGGGCGGCUUGAAUGACGCCAAGGGUCCUCCGGCCAAGAUAGCCAGACUGGAACAGAACGGCAGCCCUCAGGGGCGCUCGCGUCUGGGCAGCACCGGCGCCAAGCUCUCCGGAGUGGCCUUCAAGCCCUCGCCACACCUGCUCAAGACCUCGCACAGGAGGGGUAACAUGCUGCCCGUGUUCUGCGUGGUCGAGCACUACGAGAACCCGAUCGACUUCGACAGCAGGGAAGAGCACGCCGAGUUCGUGCUGGUCAGGAAGGACAUGCUGUUCAACCAGCUGAUCGAGAUGGCGCUCCUGUCCCUCGGCUACUCGCACAGCUCCGCCGCGCAAGCGAAAGGUAUGAUUCAGGUAGGCAAGUGGAACCCCGUUCCCUUGUCGUACGUGACCGACGCCCCCGACGCUACCGUCGCCGACAUGCUCCAGGACGUCUACCACGUCAUCACGCUGAAGAUCCAGCUGCACAGCCACCCUGAAUCACUCUCUCUCUUUCUCUCUCUACCUCCAUCUGUCCCUCCAUGCAGUUGUCCUAAACUGGAAGACUUGCCUCCCGAGCAGUGGACCCACUCGACGGUGCGAAACGCCCUCAAGGAGUUACUCAAAGACAUGAACCAGAGCUCUCUGGCUAAAGAAUGUCCUUUAUCACAGGAGAGAGAAAAAGGCAAAGCUGGUGAGGGAACGGCUGUUUAUAGCUGCUAUAACAGCAUGAUAUCUUCCAUCGUGAACAGCACUUACUAUGCAAAUGUGUCUGCGGCGAAGUGUCAGGAAUUUGGGCGUUGGUAUAAACAUUUCAAGAAGACAAAAGAUAUGAUGGUUGUGCGCCAACCCUCCCAGCUGGAGGGCUACCUGGGGACGUGCGUCCUCCAUGACAGCCCACGUGCCACCGCAGUAGCCGAAAUGGAUGGCUUGUCAGAGCUCUCGCCGCCCGGCACCAACCACAUAAGCUUCAGUCAGCAGCCCAUCCCGGGCAGCACGGCCGAGCAGCCUCCGUCCCCGGUGCCUCUUGCCCACAGCGGUCAGGCCCCAGGCCGUGCCCAGCUUCCCGGUCUUCACCCCGGCCUGGUGUCCAGCCCCAUCAGUCCUCAGCUGGUCAACCAACAGAUCGUCAUGGCGCAGAUCCUGAACCAGCAGUAUGCCGUGAACAGGCUCCUGGCGCAGCAGUCCUUGAACCAGCAGUACCUGAACCACCCGCCAGUCAGCCGGGCGCUCAGCAAACCCAUGGAUUCGCAGGUGUCCUCCAAUACAGAAGUCUCCUCCGAGAUCUACCAGUGGGUGAGGGACGAGCUGAAGAGAGCCGGAAUCUCGCAGGCCGUGUUCGCUCGCGUCGCCUUCAACAGGACUCAGGGAUUACUGUCGGAGAUCCUGAGAAAAGAGGAAGACCCCAAAACGGCGUCUCAGUCCCUGCUGGUGAACCUGAGGGCCAUGCAGAACUUCCUGCAGUUACCCGAGGCUGAAAGAGACCGUAUUUAUCAGGAAGAGAGGGAGAGGAGUUUAACGGCGGCAUCCUCCAUGGGUCCCGCGCCGCUUAUUAACACACCUCCGACACGCCCUGUCCAGAGUGUAGGAGUGAACCAGAUGCUGCUUUCCAGUUCAGAUCCCAGAAUCAGCUGCUACUCCGACUCGCCCAGAAGAGAAGAAUGUAACAACAUCAGACCGGAGGACUGGAACCCUAGGAUUCCUGUUGGAAUAUCUCCUGCGUCCCGGCUCCCCUCCCAGGUGAAGCCCCUGCCCUUGGCCUCCGAGUGGAACGGCAAGCAGGAGAGCUCCGUCCUCAACAUCAGCUCGUCCAUCUACGACGAGAUCCAGCAGGAGAUGAAGAGGGCCAAAGUGUCACAGGCCAUGUUCGCCAAGGUCGCCGCUUCCAAGAGCCAGGGUUGGCUGUGCGAGCUGCUGCGCUGGAAGGAGGACCCGUCCCCGGAGAACCGCACACUGUGGGAGAACCUGUCCAUGAUCCGGCGCUUUCUGAGCCUCUCGCAGUCGGAGAGGGACGCCAUCUACGAGCAGGAGAGCAACGGAGGGCAGCAACACCACCCUGAGAGACCCACUCACCUGCUGCACAUGCCCACUGAGCCACUGCAGCCUCAGAGCCACCCUCUACCUGCAGCCCAGCUCCAGCCUGCGUUGGCGCUACCCCACCCGUCACAGCCGCUAGUUUCCCAGCAGCCUCAGCCUCAGCAGCAAACAGGACCCCGCCUUCCGCCUCGUCAGCCCUCCACCGCGGCGCCCGCCGAGGCAGAGGACGAAUCGCGUCAGGCUAAAGGUCGCACCGGCUCCCGGAUCUCCAUCGAAGCGCUAGGAAUCCUCCAGAGCUUCGUGCAGGACGUAGGGCCGUACCCGGACGACGAGGCCGUGCACACGCUCUCCGCCCAGCUCGACCUGCCCCGGGAUACAAUCAUCAAGUUCUUCCAGAACCAGCGUUUCUGCGUGCGGCCCAAAGAAGCGGCAUCGGGAAUCGCCCUACCCGCAGCCAACGAGCAGGACAAGGUAGGCAUGAUGGACUUCAAAGAAGGCGAGCUGCUUAAAGAGCUGGACGAGAGCACGCAGACUACUAGCAUCUUCACCAUCAAGAUCGAGGAGCACGUCGGCCCCGAGGGACAGUGUCAGGCCGAACAGGAAGUGAAAGAAUAAACCUCGAGCUCAGACUCUGAUCUCCUCCAGCGGUAGAACUGUAAGAAUCUCAACCCGGGACUGCGUAAUACCGAAGUAUUACCUUUUUGUAAAAGCCUUGUAUUAUUAUUAUUCCAUUGUAAAGAUUUCCGCAUCAUUAAAUAACCUGCACAAUGAAACAAAAAAAUGUAAAAAAAAAACAAACAAAAAAAAAACAAAAACAAACUCUUAACUCUGUUGCUGUGGAUGUUUGCUGACUGCACUUGAUGUAUGUUGUUUUUACACUGAACUUCCAAACUACUGAUUUGAAAAGAAAAAUUCGUCUCAGUCGAAGUUUGAUUGACUUUGAUUGAUGUUUACGUACGUGGUGUUAACUGGAUUUAUUUUGUUUUAUUUUAAUGCAACUGAUAAUAUAAUGAAAUAAAAAAACAGGGGCCUUAAACGGUGACAAACUGUCGGACAGCACAGCGUUUUCUUUUCGAAACAAAGGAUCACGCAGGAUCUGGCGCCCCUAAGACCUGCAGGCAGACUGGAUGAGAUGUUCAAUCUAAUUUGUUUGGAAGAAAUAUAAAUAUAUAUAUAUAAAUAUAUAGAUAUAUAUUAACUGUAAAAAGAUAUAUACAGUCUUAAAGAAACUAUGCCAACAAAUGCCUUGUACUAUAUGGCACUGCCGAUGUUAGAUUAUUUUGCGAAACCUUUGUCACUGUAAUUUUCAGGAUUUUCACACAGGUUGAAAAGAAAAAAAAAAUGUGAAUCACAACUUAUUCCUCAUCAUCCCACCUUAUUUAUUUGCAGUCCACGCCGUAUUUUAUUAUUAUUAUUAUUUUUAUUAUUAUUCCUGUGAUGUAAUUCCGUCAUUUCUGUCACAGCCCGUUUUUCUUUAUUUGACUAUUUAUAAAUGUAAGUUUGACGGGCAGGUAAAAUCGAAAAAGUGUCUUAAACGUUUUAAAUGGACAAUGUGCUUUAAGAAAAAAAAACAGAAAGAAAAAAAAAGAAAAACAACAGUGCUGUACGUCAAGCGACUCAUGCUACGAGCUUCACGAUUUAAAUGUUGUAUGCAAUUUUUCCUCUCAUGCAAAUAAGCUUAGGAGAUCGAUUAACCUAUAGACCACCUUAGAGAUAAAAAAAAAAAAAACUUUAAAAAAAAAAAAACAUGCAAUUUGUGUGGAAUUCGAUGUUUGCGAUGUGUCUUCCUUUGGUUAACGAUACAACUCAAAGCUAUUCCUGUAUAAAAUAUUCUGUAUAAAAAGGAGCGUUUGUUUUUUUUAUGAGUUUAUCGCAAGGAGAACUCCGGUUAUUUUGUUACGACUGACUGUUUUAUAAGUGUUUCUCGGAUUUCUUCCUCGAGCGAAAACUGUUCUAACUAGGAGUGGUUCUUGAUUGUUAAUGACACAAUUAAACUGUUUGUAUUGCA